UUCACGGGUGUAUGAAGGAGUGAAAAUGACCAUGUUUUAGGUCAGCGCACUGGAGCAAGCUCAUCGGGAGGAAUAGCAAUGGAGGAGGAGACCACGAAGAAGGCGGAGAUGGUGAAGCUCAUAAGCGCCGAGGGCUUCGAGUUCGUCAUCGAUAAGCAGGCUGCCAUGGUUUCUCAGACCAUUCGCAACAUGCUCACAUCCCCAGGUGGUUUCUCGGAGACGCAGCAGGGACAGGUGACUUUCCCGGAGAUCAGCACCCACAUCCUUGAGAAGAUCUGCCAGUACUUCUAUUGGUCUCUGCAAUUCGCUAGUGGAAAGGAGACAGAGUUCCAUAUAGAGCCUGAAAUUACACUGGAUUUGAUGAUGGCAGCUAACUACCUCCAUUGUUAGUUACUAUGAAACUCAAUUAUCUCCAUUAUUAAUUACUAUGUAAGUUGAAAAGAUUGGUGAUCAAUGUUGUUAAAGAGUUGCCAGUCCAGAAUCUCAAUAAUUCUAUACCUUUUCCUGAUUUGCUGUUCAAUGUAUUGUAUAUACCAACACCUCAGGAUUUGUGGAUUUGAUGCUUUGCAGCAAAACUCAAAUGGUUUUUUUUGGGUUAACA